UUAUUGCCAUCACGUGAUCCGGUAUGCACCCGUCUGGAACAAAACAACAAAACGUUGUUGCAAAGCGCAGAAAAUAGCCAUGGCAUAGCAAUUCCAAAAAAACAGCCAUUUGGUGGUGGUGGUCAUUUUUGGGCUGCAUAUGUACCCUGUGAGGCCCAACAUCGAGAUGCAGUACAAUUAACAUUAGAACAAAUCGAUGUUAUUAAGAGAUUAACGGAUCGGUAUUCACCGCAGCUGACGACAUGUACCUCAGCACAAGAAAUCAUAGAAGCCCACAAGAACCAUCAGCUUUGUUCGCUGACAGGCGUUGAAGGUGGACAUUCGUUGGGCGGUUCAUUGGCUGUGCUGAGGACUUUAUAUGCCAUUGGCGUACGUUAUAUGACACUGACAUCGACGUGUCACACACCAUGGGCGGAUUCCAGUUAUGCGGAUGCACCAACGUUCAACGUUAAACAUGGAGGUUUAACGAUAUUUGGCAAGAUUGAGAUUGAGAGGGUGGGACAGGCACACAGGACGCAUAACAAUAAUAGACUAACAUUUUGCCCGGUAGUUUUCCACCAUUUGCCAACCCAACAUACUCUGGUAGUAUUUACGGUGGAAAGACAACUAUCGAUUGAUAUGAUAAACCUAGCAAAUAAAUUGCCGCGGCAAAGCUAUUUUCGUUCUACAAAAUUUUUCAGCACGUUUUGUAUUAAAAAUGUCAACGUUGUCAUCUAUCAUCAGACAGAGCAUAAAAUCUAUAAGAAAUUUACCAAAUUCCUUCACCUACGACGUCAUGGCAAAGUAAAACUCUUCUCCCCCUCCCAUUCAUCGUCAUUAGCCACCUCUAAUUCAACGGCCACAACACAAUUAACCGCAACAGCAACAACAACACCCCGAAAAAGUCCCACAGAGUCAAGACGAACGACAGCGAAGCCGUACAACGUUGACGACGACAACCACACCAUGUCACAGACCGAUGAAUAUCCACGAGCCUCCACUUCUAGGGAUGCAGCAGCGCUGGCAGCAAUACCCAAUGGCAAUGGUAAAGUUCACAGCACCAGGGGCAGUGUCACCAGUGCAAGUGCUGUUGAGACACGAAAACCAUCACCACAGAAACAACGUCGAUCAAAGUCAUCGCCACGUCAUGCCGUCGCAGAACCCAAACAGCCCCGCCGCUCCCUGCUCUCCAUACCGAGUACCCUGAAAUUGAGUAUGCUCAACAGUGGCCUAUUAUCGUUUGAGAAAAUCAAAUUGGAGGCGCGAGAUGAAAACAACUCCCUGUCGAAGACCAUGCCCACCUAUCCCAUUGAUACCCAGCAGUUUAUAAAAAUGUGUGAACUUCGACGAAAAUUCCCCGUCCUAUAUAAAUUGGAAUUUCAGACAGCCGCCCGAGUGGAGACCAAUACCUGCCGUUAUGCCAUGAAGAAGAGUAAUCAGGGCAAAAAUCAGAAUCCCAAAUGCAUUCCCUACGAUUACAAUCGAGUGGUGCUGAAAAAGGUGGAGGGAGAGCCGGAUUCGGAUUAUGUGAAUGCUUCGUACGUGGAUAGUUUGUUAAAACCAAAUGCCUAUAUUGUGACCCAGGGUCCAGUGGAGGAUACAGUGAAUGCCUUCUGGCGUAUGGUAUGGCAGGAGAAUGUCAGUGCCAUUAUUAUGCUCACGAAGACUUUCGAUUUUGCCAAAGUGAUGUGUGUUCAAUACUGGCCACCCAAUCGUGAGGUACACGAAACCUAUGGCGACAUUAAUAUUAGCAUCAUCAAAGAGGAACAAUUGGCCAAUUUCCAUAUACGCACUUUCCGACUUUACAAACUGAAUGAGGCCAAUAGAUCGGAAAUUGUAGAGGACCGCCUGUUGCUGCAAUUUCACUAUACCGAAUGGUAUUCCCAUUGUUGUCCCUUCUCAAAUGCCUUAUUGGAGUUUCGCCGACGUGUUCGCCUCGUCGUCGGCAGCAUUAUAAAAGACAAAGAUUCACGUGGCCCAAUGUUGGUACAUUGUGGUGAUGGUGGUGGCCGUUCGGGUGUGUUCGUCUCGAUUGAUGCCAAUCUGGAGCUGCACGAGGAAGAAGAAUGUUUCAACAUUUACGGCUAUCAAAAGAAGCUGAGGCAGUCGCGCAAAGGCUUAGUGGAAAAUGUCGAUCAAUAUAAAUUCAUCUAUGAUACACUGGAGGAGCACAUUGUAUGCGGUAAAACUUGGUUCCCCGUUUCCGAACUCUCCGAUCGUCUGAAGGCCAAGGCCCGACGCAACUCUCAAACCAAAAUGAACGAAUAUCAAAUGGAAUACGACAAAAUCUGCAAGCAAACACCACGUUUCACCAUUGGCGAUUGUGCUGGUGGUCAUCGUGCCGACAACCGGGAAAAGAACCGAGAUGUCCUGUGUGUGCCACCCGACAACUUCCGUCCCUAUCUAACAUCAUUUCAAGGUAAUGCCUUUACAGAUUACAUCAAUGCCGUUUAUGUGGAUGGCUAUACCAAGCCGCGCGAAUACAUUGUCACCGAAUGGCCCAUGAAACAUACGCUCGGUGAGUUUUGGUCCCUGGUUUACGAUACCGAAUGCUCGGCGGUGGUAGUAUUGUGCCAACCCCCUGCCAAUUCCCAAACCUUCCCCUCAUUCUGGCCCAUCAAAUCCAAAAUGGAGAAGUACGGUCCCGUCUUCUCUGUACACUAUUCCGCUGCACGCAGUUACACUAACAUCAAACAAUGGGAAUUCAAAAUCAACAAAAAAAUCGUCUCAUUGACCGAAAUGAUGGCCGGCGUUAAGGCACCAACACGCACUGUACAGCUCUUCCAAUUGACGUGUUGGCCCAUGGGCCAUAAAGUGCCCACAUCGACCAAUUCGCUGGUCUAUCUGAUGAAUAUGGUCGAAUUGUGGCGUGCCAAAACUGAUUAUGGCCCAGUAUGUGUUGUAUCACCCGAUGGUCGUAGCCGUUGCGGCGUGUACUGUGCCGCUAAUGCUUGUAUCGAACAGGUCAUACAACAUGGUGAAGUGGAUGUUUUUCAGGCUGUCAAAACGGUUAGACGUAAUCGUCCGCAUCUGGUAGAGAAUAUGACCGAAUACAAAUAUUGUUAUGACUUGGUGUUGCAUUAUGUGUUACAUUUUCUGAACAAAAACGAUUAAACUGCACAGAUAUUUUUUCCAGGAGUUUGUAUGGAGGAUUUCAAAAGAUAUUGAAAAAAAAAACACAA